AUGGCUCGAUCCGGCAUGUCUUGGUUGUUUUUCGUUGGAGUUUUAGGGCACCCUUUUACCGAUGUUCGCUGUGGCCAUGAUGUCGAGCGAGAGACGCCUCCACUCGACAAUAUGGCUGGCCAAAUACUUGAAAAUUGCUUUUUCUGGAAGACGUUUGCCGUAUCGUCUCCACACAAAACAAGAGCGGGUGUGACGGUGCAUUCGCAUAUCCCAGCUUGUUCCCAAACGGAUAUCAAUACUUACAUCAAGGGAAGAUCUCUUCGGUCCGAGAUGCCCGGGAUCCAGCUCGUAAGGCUCAAUGCCGCAUGCUCGGUUCUACGCAACAUUAAGUUCGUUUCUCAAAGCGCGGGCAGCAUUGGGCUCCGGGGCAAACCAUUCGCGGUGGCUCGUUGCGUCGCCGCGAGUGCAAAGAGGCCUUCAUGGACAGAAUUUCGCGGCCCAAAGGAUCCCUGA